AUGCCACAUUCGGAUGUACCACCUUCCAAUAAAAAGACUUUGAGAACUUUGUUUCUUCCCACUGUUUUACCUUCAUCAGUCACAUCUGAUAUGUCACCGUUACGGAAUAAACUAUUGACAUACCGAAGAUGCAAUGAACAGCAAAAGAUGCUUAAUCAGUUACUAAUUGAUCGAGCUUUAAAAGUCUAUCAUGUAUCCAUGGAAGAAAAAUAUCACAGAGAUCCUGUACCCCCUAUCCCAGAACUGCCUUCCACUACAAACUAUCUCUUUAUGAAGAAGCGUGUGCAAAGUAAUCCGGUGGUUCCCAUUCAGCAGCAGUGGUUAUUGUCCAUGCUCACAUUGGUGCCACAGUCGCUUGUGGAAGGCAAAGAUAAACAGCUGUUAGCUGAAAAGCUUUUAGGGGAGAUAAUAAGGGAUUAUGAAAUGAGCAUGAGAAGAUGUGUGGUGCGAAAUGUUCUUAUUAAACCAGACGUAAAAGGACUUGAGGAUGAAGAGGAGGCACCUUUGCCUUUAUCACCUCUAGGCCUGGAUUUUUCUAGACCGUGGCAUAACAGUUUUAUCCAAGCAAAAAAUCAAAUCCUUUCCAACUUGCACAUUCUCCACCCCACAAUGAAAACUCUACUGGAUUUUGGUUAUGCAGCAUUCUCUACCUUUCUUAUAGUGGAUUUCUCAAGUUUCAGAUUGAAAGGGCCAAUUGACUGUGACUCUUUAAAGACUGAUGUCUCUCUAAGCUGUUCUAAAGCAGAAGAGAAGAUACUGAAUACAUGGUAUCAAAGAGUGGUCAGUCUCUUUACUCAGAAGGAGUCACUGAAUGGUGUAAAGUUAGAUCAGGUUGACUCUUUCUAUAACUGUGUGGCUACACUUAUGUCUAAUCAGCUGAAAGAAUUAUUGAGAAGAACGGUUGAAGCUUUUGUGAAACUUUUUGGUCCUGAAGACAGAAAUUGUCUACCUUUAUUUAAGAUGGCAUUGACUCUUGAUGAAAAGAAAAUGGAGUUUUAUCCAAGCUUCCAAGACCUAGAAGAAGCAAUUCUGUGUAUAGUAAAUCGUAUAGGACAGACUCUCCAGAAGAUCCAGACAAUACGUUCUUGGCUAAUGGGAGGCACUGCAACUCUGGACACUGAGCUUCCUAAUCAUGUCAUAGUAUGGGCCACAUCUACACUAAAAAAAUCUAUCAGAGACAACUUAGAAGGUCCAAAGGAAUAUUUUGAAAACUAUGUUGAAAGGUAUGGCUGGCUUGUAGAUGGAACUGCACAGGCACGGAUAGAAAGAUUUGAAGCAGAAGAACACAGUUUUGAUGAAUAUACCACUUUCAUAGAUGAAUUCUUCACCCUCAAGAAGGAAAUCUUGAGUUUACCAGAGGUGGCUCAUUUCCCUAUGAUCUGUUUGAAUUGUGAGGAUUUAAAGCAAGGUUUGGCUAGUAAUGCAAACACCUUUGCAAAAAUGCUAAUGGACAGAAUAGUUGCGAAUCACAGAGAGGAAACUGAAAAGAUAUGCAGGGAAUUUGAAGCAAUUAAGGAACGUGCAUUAAAAGUUCCUGAGACAACAGAGGAAAUGGUGGAAACAAUAGCUUACAUAAAGAAGGUCAAAACCAAAGGUAUUCAGGAUCUGUUGUUAAGAAUCAAGGAUUGCUCUCGGCAAAUGAAUUACUUCUUAGAUGUUUUUUUAUUUGCUCCUGAAGACAUUGCACUGAAUGCAACAGCUCUAUUAUGGCCAAAGAAGAUUAACCCUAUUUUUGAUGAGCAUGAUCAUCUGAUUGAACAGUCUAAACGUAAAGGAGAGCAAGAACUAAUACAUAAAUGUGAGAAACUGAUGGUGGAAUUAGACAAGCUGACACGUUCUGUGACAGAGUUCGAAGAAUACUCAGAACUGGAUUGCAUGCAACAGUAUGUGGCUGACCUUAGGGCUUUACAGAAACGCAUACAGGAGGCUGAUGAAACAGUAGUUCUUAUUAAUAAAGAAGAGACUCUGCUCGAGUGGAAACUGAGUGACUUCCCACUCCUCAACAACUUAAAAGUUGAGAUUGAACCAUAUCAGAAACUCUUUCAUCUUAUACUGAAAUGGCAACGAGCAGAAAAAAGAUGGAUGGAUGGUACCUUUUUGGAACUAAAUGGGGAAAGCAUGGAGGCUGAGGUUGAUGAGUUUUUUAGAGAGAUACACAAAGUGUCAAGACUCUUCCAACAAAAGCAGAAGAAAAUUCAACAGGAGUGGAAAAAGACAUCACAACACAGAACUGUAGAAGAGAAGACAGAAGAAGAAACAAAAGCAAAUCCAACUCUUACAAUGUGUUCUUCAGUUCUGGAGCAGAUUAAAGACUUUAAGGAGAAUAUUCCCACUGUGACUAUCUUUUGUAACCCUGGCAUGAGAACUCGUCAUUGGCAGCAGAUGUCAAAUAUAGUAGGAUAUGAUUUAACACCAGACUCUGGAACUACCCUGAGAAAAAUUUUGAAGCAGAAUCUAGCCCCUUAUUUGGAGGAGUUUGAAGCUGUAAGUGUAGGUGCAAGCAAGGAAUUUUCCUUAGAGAAAGCAAUGCAUGCCAUGAUGGAAACCUGGGAUUCAAUUUCCUUCAAUACAAGUGUGUAUCAUGAGACUGGUACUUAUAUUCUGUCUGCAGUGGAUGACAUUCAAUCUGUUCUCGAUGAUCAGAUUACGAAAACUCAGACAAUGAGAGGAUCACCUUUCAUUAAACCGUUUGAUAAAGAAAUCAGGGAAUGGGAAAAUCACUUAAUUCAAAUUCAGGAGAUUAUUGAUGAAUGGCUGAAAGUGCAAGCACAGUGGCUUUAUUUGGAACCCAUUUUUUCUUCUGAGGAUAUUAUGCGACAGAUGCCAGAAGAGGGGCGUCUCUUUCAGACUGUGGAUAGAUACUGGAGGGAUAUUAUGAAGUAUUGUGCCAAAGACCCAAAGGUUCUUGUUGCUACUUCCUUGAUAGGAUUACUGGAGAAGCUUCAGAACUGCAAUGAGCUUCUUGACAAAAUCAUGAAAGGGCUUAAUGCUUAUCUUGAGAAAAAACGUCUCUUCUUUCCCCGCUUCUUUUUCUUGUCUAAUGAUGAAAUGUUGGAGAUCCUGUCGGAGACUAAGGAUCCUCUCAGAGUUCAGCCUCACUUGAAGAAGUGUUUUGAAGGCAUUGCUAAGCUACAUUUCCUUCCCAAUUUGGAUAUUAAAGCAAUGUAUAGUUCUGAAGGCGAGCAUGUAGACCUGAUUUCAACCAUUUCUACUGCUGAAGCUCGAGGUGCAGUGGAGAAGUGGUUAAUUCAAGUAGAAGAUAUUAUGCUGAAGAGUAUACGUGAUGUUAUCGCUAGAUCAAGAAUGGCAUAUCUAGAGACUGAAAGAAAAAGAUGGGUUCUGGAGUGGCCUGGACAGGUAGUAUUGUGUGUGUCUCAAAUGUUCUGGACAAGUGAGGUACAUGAAGUUCUUUGCAGUGGACCAGAGGGUUUAAAGGAUUAUUAUGAUACACUUCAGCUUCAACUUAAUGAUAUUGUAGAGCUGGUAAGAGGAAAACUGUCGAAGCAAACAAGGACUACGCUGGGUGCCUUGGUUACUAUUGAUGUUCAUGCUAGAGACGUCCUCAUGGAAAUGAUUGAAAGUGGUGUGCAGAGUGAAACAGACUUUCAGUGGCUUGCACAACUGCGGUAUUAUUGGGAAUUUGAGAACGUUCGUGUCUGCAUCAUUAAUUGCAAUGUAAAAUAUGCCUAUGAAUACCUUGGAAACUCACCACGCCUUGUCAUUACUCCUCUUACAGACAGGUGUUACCGCACCUUGAUUGGAGCCUUUUAUUUAAACCUCGGUGGUGCCCCAGAGGGUCCAGCAGGGACAGGUAAAACAGAGACCACCAAAGAUUUGGCUAAAGCUCUUGCUGUUCAGUGUGUUGUCUUCAACUGCUCUGAUGGCCUCGAUUACCUGGCAAUGGGAAAGUUUUUCAAGGGUUUGGCUUCAUCAGGUGCAUGGGCGUGUUUCGAUGAAUUCAAUCGCAUUGAACUGGAAGUACUGUCUGUUGUGGCACAGCAGAUCCUUUGCAUUCAGAGAGCCAUACACAUAAAGCUAGAAACAUUUAUUUUUGAAGGAACUGAACUGAAGCUUAACCCCAACUGUUUUGUAGCUAUUACUAUGAAUCCAGGUUACGCAGGACGUUCUGAACUUCCAGAUAAUCUGAAGGUUCUUUUCCGAACAGUAGCCAUGAUGGUUCCUAACUAUGCUCUGAUAGCAGAAAUUUCGCUCUAUUCAUACGGAUUUUUGAAUGCUAAGUCACUGUCAGUGAAGAUAGUAAUGACCUACAGGCUUUGUUCAGAACAGCUUUCCUCUCAGUAUCACUAUGACUAUGGUAUGCGAGCAGUUAAAGCUGUGUUGGUGGCUGCUGGGAAUCUAAAAUUGAAAUUUCCCACGGAAGAUGAAGAUAUAUUGCUUCUUAGAUCAAUUAAGGAUGUGAACGAGCCCAAAUUUUUGGUGCAUGAUAUACCUCUGUUCAUGGGUAUAACUAGUGAUCUAUUUCCUGGAAUCAACCUUCCCGAUGCAGACUACAAUGAUUUUCUGGAAUGUGCCAGCGAAUGUUGCAUUCGACAUAAUGUCCAACCUGUGAAAGCUUUUAUAGAGAAAAUGAUACAGACAUAUGAAAUGAUGAUUGUUAGACAUGGCUUUAUGCUUGUAGGGGAAUCUUUCUCUGGGAAGACCAAAGUUCUACAUGUGUUGGCAGAUACACUGUCUCUUAUGAAAGAGCGUGGUUAUGGUGAUGAAGAAAAAGUAAUUUUUAGAACUGUGAAUCCAAAAUCAAUCACUAUGGGUCAGCUUUUUGGGCAGUUUGAUAUGGUAUCCCAUGAGUGGACAGAUGGUAUAAUUGCUAAUACUUUCAGAGAAUUUGCAUUAUCUGAGACUCCUGAACGCAAAUGGGUUAUCUUUGAUGGCCCAAUUGAUACUCUGUGGAUAGAAAGCAUGAACACAGUUCUGGAUGACAACAAAAAGCUUUGUUUGAUGAGUGGGGAAAUCAUCCAAAUGUCCCUUCAGAUGAAUCUUAUUUUUGAAACAAUGGAUCUUUCCCAGGCAUCACCUGCUACAGUCAGUCGUUGUGGCAUGAUUUAUUUGGAACCUUCUCAACUGGGCUGGAGGCCACUUGUUACCUCUUGGUUGAGUAAACUGCCUGAACCUCUUAACUUAAAGGGACAUCAAGAUCUUCUGCAGGGACUUUUUGAUUGGUUAAUACCACCAGCAUUAAGAUUCCAUCAGAAACAGUGCAAGGAACUGGUACCUACAAGCAAUACCAAUGUUGUAGUAGCUCUUACACGGCUUUUUGAAAUGUUGAUUUGUCAAACUGUGCAAGAAGAUCCCACCAACAGAAACAUCCGUGCAUGGAUUAUGGGUUGCUUUGCUUUUGCCACCAUCUGGUCCAUUGGUGGAACUUGUGAUGGUGACAGCAGGAUAAUUUUUGAUAAUUUCUUGAGGGAGACUUUGGCUGGGAAAUCUGGAAUAAAUCCUUUACCAACGAGUGUGGGAAAAUGGGAGUGUCCCUUUGAAGAGCAAGGCUUGGUCUAUGACUACAUGUAUGAGCUGAAAGGCAGAGGAUGUUGGGUUCAUUGGAAUGGAUUUAUUAAAAAUAUUAAUUACAGUGAUAAAAAUGUGAAGAUUCAAGAUAUUAUAGUCCCAACUAUGGAUACAGUCCGAUAUACCUAUUUGAUAGAACUAUUCAUUACCCAUGGAAAACCACUGCUUUUAGUGGGACCAACAGGUACUGGGAAAUCUGUGUAUGUCAAGGACAAGUUAAUGAACAACUUGGAAAAGGAGCGCUACUUUCCCUUCUUCAUUAAUUUUUCAGCUCGAACCAGUGCCAAUCAGACCCAGAACAUUAUUAUGGCCAGGCUGGACAAGAGGCGCAAAGGAGUCUUUGGCCCUCCAAUGGGAAAAAAGUGCAUUAUUUUUGUAGAUGAUAUGAAUAUGCCUGCUUUGGAGAAGUAUGGUGCACAGCCUCCUAUAGAACUUUUAAGACAGUUCUUUGACCAUGGAUUUUGGUAA